ACUUCUUUAAAAUUGAAAAAAAUAAUUUUGGAUUCAUGAUUUUAUCAAGUGCAACUGUCAGCUAGGCUAUUGAUAACUAUAUCACAAUAAAGAGAUUUCACCGUGGUCAAGUUGACAAUGGUCAAACAGCUCAGUACAUCACUAUCAGAUGGAAUUCUUGCGCUGUCAGCAUUCCACGCAACAUACACUAUAGGACGGGGUAAUCUAGCUGCAUCCUUUGGCUUCGCCCUGAUUGGUUCCGCUGCAACUGCAGGAGUUUUGAAAUUUUCUCAGGAAUCACCGACUGAUAAUUUGAUUUAUAUUCACACGACUUUAGCCUGGCUGUCUUCUCUCAUUGGGGUCCCUGCAUUAGGGGCAGCCUAUUGCCAACAUGUGGAGCUGAACAGUCUGGCCAAUGUACAUUAUGCCCUUGGAAUUGCAGCUAUAAUAUCAUGGAAUGUUUUGAAUUACAAACUUCAGAAUUUGGCAAGUACUGCUGUAGGAGGUGUAGCAUUGUUAUCAAUUGCAGUCAUAUGUUGUUUGAAAUUCAAUCCAACUGGAAUAAUUGGUGCUGUGUUAUAUGUGGUAGCAGGACUUGUUAUUGGAAUUGAGGGGACAUUGUUUGGAGUGUUACGUGUAGACUGGUUUCAUUAUGCCCUUGCUGUGGCUAAUAUUGCCCUUAUGCUUGGGCUAUCACAGAAGGAGAAACUAGUGUUUUAUAAGGCCAAAUGAGAUACUGUGUACUGUAGGUGAUAAACAAGCCAUGGUUGUUAUGCUCAUUUUAUAUGGAAUAAACAUUUAGGAUUGUGUUUUCUAGAUGACAUGGUAAUGUAAAACAUGGUCUUGCAUCCUUACAGUAUUUUGCCACAACACUAAAGAGGAUUAGUAUUGGUUUGAUUAGACUACUGAGAUUUAAUCAUAUUUUUUAUGUGGAUGACUAAAGAUGAUACAUUAUGUCCACAUCUACUUAAGACAAUAGUUUUGAGGAUUGUGUUUCUCGGAUGACAUUAUCCAGCUCUGUCAGAUAGGGGGAUGCAUUAGAUAAAUAAAAUAAAUAAAUCCUGGAAUCCUGAAUUCAGUGUAUCUCUGAUGUCAUACAGCUACUUCCAGUAAAAAUUGUGAAACUGCAACCUUGUUUUGGAAAGGUAUCUGACAGGCCUGCAUUCAGUAUGUUGUUGAAAGUGGUUCAGAAAGUGGCAGCAAAGGAUACACAGUCCUGUAUAUUGUGCAAAAUGUUGAAAACAAUCCUUUCAGUUAACAUGUCAGUCUGCCCUGGGGCACAGUGCUAAGCUUUGGGUA